CUGGGUAACAGCUGCCCUCCUCUGGGCUGGGUACCUGCUCUCCCGAGUUUGUGUCCUGGGGCUGUGUGCUCAGACUUGACCAUGUUUGGGCAUGGAGGCUCGUCUCAGACGGGAACCAAAGGCCGCUUCCCCAGAGACGGACUGGGAGCCCAAACUUCCUGCUGGAGCUCAGGCGGCCUCUUUUGGGGUGGGGGCUGGGGGCCAGGCAGAAAAGUGUCUGCCGAAGACUCACAGGGCACCGGGGAGACUAAAUGACUGCUGUCCCUUGUGGACAUGGGGAAGAAGUUGGUGAUGGCCCAGAAGCGGGGAGAGACCCGAGCCCUUUGCCUGGGUGUGGCCAUGGUGGCGUGCGCCGUCAUCACCUACUACAUCCUCGGCACGACCGUGCUGCCCCUCUACCAGAAAAGCGUGUGGACCCAGGAAUCCAUGUGUCACCUGAUUGAGACCAACAUCAGGGACCAGGAGGAGCUGGAGGGCAAGAGAGUGCCCCAGUACCCGUGCCUGUGGGUCAACGUGUCAUCCGUGGGCCGGUGGGCCGUGCUGUACCACACGGAGGACACUCGGGACCGGAACCAGCAGUGCUCCUACAUCCCAGGCAGCCUGGACAACUACCAGAUGGCCCGGGCCGAUGUGGAGGAGGUUAGAGCCAAAUUCCACCAGCGCCAGGUUUUCCACUGCUUCUCCACGACUCGGGAGAAUGAGACGAGUGUCCUGUACCAGCGCCUCUACGGUCCCCAGACCCUCCUCUUCUCCCUCUUCUGGCCCACCUUCCUGCUGACCGGUGGCCUCCUCGUUAUCGUCAUGGUGAAGAUCAACCAGUCCCUCUCCAUCCUGGCAGCCCAGAAGUAGCCCCAUUCUCACCACCUCACUGCUCGGGCCACCAGGGGCUGGAUGGGUCCCCGGGCUACUCCUCACUUGUGUCCCCACGCCUCCUCCCCCGGCCUUCCCACCCUCCCCCCUCCAAUACGUUCUGUCUUCUGCUGCAUGGAUGGUCUUUGGGAAAUCUCUUUGUUAAGUCAUUUCCUGCUGAAGAAGGUACAGUGGCUUCCCCAGACCCAGGAGAAUGCAAGGCCAACCAGUGAUGGCUCUCCUUUCCCUGUCCCCGCUCAACUGACUCAA